CACCUCUAUUUGUCAAAGUGUAAAAUAAGUGAAAACAAGGGAAGUUGUUUGCACCAACUCAUAAAUUUUCUGGAUAUUUUCCAUAAAUAUAAUUUAAAUUGAUACAAUAUCAACGCUAAGAAUGUUCUUUCCAUCGAUCACAACAAUUUUGGGCGUAGCAUUUAUGGCUUACAUAGCCCAUUCAAUGUGGGUCAUGGCGCAGUUGUUCACUACUCUACAAUGCUCCGGUCAGCCGUGCUUUACAUCGUUCCUUAGUGAGAAGCCACGAAUGCAAUUAGCUCUAUUCACAUCCACUAACUCCAAUCCCAUAUCAACUGAGGUGUCAACAAUCUUUAGCACCAAAAACUUGGACUAUAUGCAACCAUUUCAAAAUGAUUUCCAAAUUGAUGUUCCAUUGAAAACCCGGCGAAACGGAAGUCUUUACUUACAGGUGGUGCUAGCAUUAAAAGGGGAGCCAUUAGACUGGAGAACAUUAAGACGAGACGGGCCAACGGUAAUACUUCCCACCAGGUUGACAGAGUAUACCACUCCUCGAGUAGAAGCAUUUAAUUUGUUGGGCGAUAGCAUAAAAGCCCAAAAAAACUACAACAAUAAGAAAAACCCAAAACAGAGUAGUGACUAUGUGUAUGCAAUGAGGCCAGUUACACAUAUUAUGUCACAGGUGCACGUCAAUUUGCUUACCGACAAUAUAUCACUAUCGAAAGCAGAUGUUCCUCCAGAGAUGGCAAGACUUAUCCAGAUUAAUCGCAAUCACAAAAUAAUGCCAAUCUUAAAGACUGAUUUUUUUAAUACACGUUUAAAAAAUUUGGUAGAAGUUACCAAGAAUACCACCGAGUUCAAAAUAACAUUUCAUUAUACGCCUAUUGGCAUCGGAAAAUUGCGUUUAAUGCUAAUGGUCGAACAUACUAUGCAAAUGAUGGAGACGAUAGGAUUCUCCAAGAAGGAUAUAGAUGAAUUAAAGGGUAUGUUUUCUGACACGAAUGCUUACCUUCUCUGCGGUACUAUAUUUGUUGCCAGUGUACAUCUACUCUUUGACUUCCUAUCGUUUAAGAACGACGUUAUAUUCUGGCGGAGAAAAAAAUCGUAUGAAGGUCUUUCAACGCGUACGACUCUUUGGCGUGCGUUCUCUCAAAUUGUGAUAUUUCUGUAUUUACUGGACGAGAAUACAUCGAUGUUAGUGCUGAUCCCUGCAGGACUUGGUGUGGUUAUAGAGUUAUGGAAGUGCAAAAAAAUAUUGAAACUACAAAUAGGCCUCACAGGCUUGCAAAGAAUGCAGUCAAAAGAUCUAGAAACAAGCAGAAGUGCGGAAAAGAGAACCGAAGAAUUUGACAAAGAAGGAAUGAAAUAUUUAAGUUAUUUAUUAUAUCCUUUGUGUAUCGCGGGUGCUGUUUAUUCUCUCUUGUACCAACCACAUAAAAGUUGGUAUUCUUGGACUCUGAAUUCUCUUGUUAAUGGAGUCUAUGCUUUUGGCUUUCUUUUUAUGCUACCCCAAUUAUUUGUUAACUAUAAGCUAAAGUCAGUUGCAGCCCUGCCAUGGAGAGCUUUUAUGUAUAAGGCAUUCAAUACAUUUAUAGAUGAUUUUUUUGCUUUCAUUAUUACUAUGCCCACGGCUCAUAGAGUGGCCUGCUUGCGUGAUGAUGUUGUAUUUUUGAUUUAUUUAUAUCAGCGUUGGCUUUAUCCAGUGGACAAUAGUAGAUUAGAUACCGGACUUGCAGUUGAAGAAAAUACCCACACUGAUGAAGCUAUUCAUUCUUCACAAAUUGCAAAUGACAGAAAAAAUAAAUAAUAAAUUCAUGGAAUAUGUACAUGGCGCAAUAAUUCCACCAUGGAAUAUCCCAGCAAACACAGUCUCUAACGUUAGAGAAAUUUGGAUUUCUUCAUUAAAUAACUAGGGUACUUAUCUAAUCAUUCUCAAGUCGAUGACGAAGUUAGAGUACUACAUUCGAAUUCGAUUCGAGAACGAUUAGAGAAACAACGCAAAUUCAACUAAUUGUAAAUAAGCAAUAUUCCAAAUGAAUGAG